GAUCUUCCUCAACUGCCUUCUCUCCCUUUCACCUCCCAAUAUAUAAACUCCACUCCACUUUACUUCAUUCUCAUACUCAAAUUAAAUACUUCUACAGUUCUACUCGAAAUCUCAUUUUUCCGUCGUAAAAAGUCUUGUUUGUUGUAGUGCUCAUGGAGGAAGACUGGGGAUUGCAAGCGAUUGUUAGAGCAUGCAGUCAUGAUCAGUGCACAACUGAUAGUGUUCUUGAUCAAUAUAAUUAUCGGGACGAUCUUUUUUAUGAUUUUCCUGAAUUUGAAGAAUUGAAGAACAAUGAUUGUUCACUCAUUGUAGAUGAAUUGGAUGAUCGUUACAAACCCUUUUUUCAUGAUCCGACACCGACUCCUAUUAGCUCUUUCUCUUCACAUUUGGAGAAUUCAGAUUCUCAGGGAUGUGAAGUUAAACUUGAGCAAGAAGUUAUGUUGAAGGUCAUGGAACAACAUGAAACUGCACCGGUUGCUAAACCUAAAGCCCUCACUCCUGCAGCUAAAUACAAAAGGAAAAAACAGCAGAAGAGGGUGGUGGUUCAAGUAACAUCCGAUGGUCUUUCUUCAGAUUUAUGGGCUUGGCGUAAAUACGGUCAAAAACCGAUCAAAGGAUCACCAUAUCCAAGAAGCUAUUACAGGUGUAGUAGCUCAAAGGGGUGUCCGGCAAGGAGACAAGUCGAAGAAAGCUGUUCUGAUCCGGGAAUGUAUAUCAUAACCUACUCGGCGGAGCACAACCACGCGCAGCCAACUCGACGGAGUUCUCUUGCAGGAACUAACCGCCAGAAAUUCUCCACACUGAAAAGAACUUGUUCUGAUGAAAGCUGUGUGUCAUCUAUGCAUGUUGAUCAAGUACAAAGCCUCAAGAAGAUCAAACACGAGAAAAAAGACGACACUAUAGAUGAGCAAUCAAGGGGGCAAAAUCUCAGUGGUCUUGAUCGGGAGUUUGUCAUUGAGGAUUCGAUCUUGACGGAGAAUUUCUUUGAGGUUUUAGAUGACUUGGAUGGACUAGUUUCAUAUUCGUCCUUACAUGGUUUUUAUUCGCAAUGAGUAUAAAUGUGUACCAAAUUUAUAGCUUUGUAAACUCUCAUUUUCAUGAUUUUUGUUCUACCACCAGUAUUCACUGUUCUAAAAA